UUUCCGCACUUAGUCUAGUACUUUAGCUAGGUCAAAAUAAAAACCCUAAAACUGGAUUUUUCAAAUCUCACGAUCGUUUUCGGCUUCGUCUUUCGGAUCGAUUAUUUUCAGGAAGAACUAUAUGACCAAACAAACAAAGAAACAAACAUACUGCGUAGAAGCACAAGACAAUACGUCAUAUCUUAUCCAGUGCUCAUAUCGCAGAGCUAUGUUCAACAUCACCGCCAUGAUGUGUUCGUUGGACAAGAGCGAAGGUGUUUCUUCCUCCAUGAUCGUGAAGACYGUGGCAUAUACCACCAUUUCGUUGACCGCACUCUUUGGUAAUACUCUAGUACUGGUUGUCUUCCGUAGAAGUCGAGAUAUCCGCUCUGUUGUCUUCUAUUUUAUCGURAAUAUGGCRGUAUCAGAUUUGAUAUUCCCCGUGUUCGCUCUACCCCGCGUCAUUGGAGAGAUCUUUAACGGCCCRUUCACUUGGAUCAURAACGGUACCUUCGGUUCUCUAACGUGCAAGAUGGCUACCUUUCUGCAGGACGUCUCGACGGCCGUUUCUAUAGAAAGUUUGGUUGUCAUCGCUCUUGAACGUUUUUUCUCAGUCGUUCAUGCUGAACGGAAGAGUUUUCUGAGCGCAGCCAAGACGCGUCGAAACAUCAUCGCGAUAACAUGGAUACUGGCGAUUCUUAUUCAUAUUCCUUACCUGAUAGUCUUCAAAGUUGAAACUAUUGCUGGAAGAAACUACUGCAUGACUCAGUGGGGUUCUAAUAUUAAGUGGAAGAGAAUCAUCCCCGUCAUCUAUCUUGUUUCUAUCUUUACAGUCGUAUACGCUAUUCCUUUCUUAGUCAUCGUUGUUCUCUACUCAGCGAUAGUCAAUAAACUGAGGCGUCUUAAAAUGCCUGGACGAACCGGUUCACAGAGGAGAAGACGACGACAAGAAAGGAACCGAACAGUCACUUUAAUGGCUUUGCUUUUCGUCGUAGUCUUCUUUGUUUGCUGGACGCCGUUUUUCGUGUUCGCGUUUAUGUUAUGUUUCAAAUGGCAUUUUGAUUUUCCUUGUUCACAGGUAAAUUUCAGAUUCACAGUCAUUCUGGUCGCUCAUUUGAACAGCGCUGUCAACCCAUUCAUUUAUUUGUUCUGUAGCAAAACCUUUCGUAAAGGCGUUAGAACGGUUUUUCCCUUUUGCUUAGGCAAAAUUAAAUAGCUUUGGUUGUAAAGAUAAACUUAAAAUUAACAGUCAUUCUUUCUGCUUAUUUGAACGCUUUAGUCAGUACUUAACUUUUCAAUUGUUUAUUGAUUUUACACCAAAAUCUAGCUCACUUUUUUUUUCAAAUUGAAAUUCGAAGCUCAAAUAAAAUACACCUGGCCUAAAAGACUCUGGUUCAACACCGAAACUCGACAACAAUCGAAUCAUUAUUAAAAGAUCAAAACUCAAAAUCCAAUAUACAGUUUAUUUCCUCUGCAAAUUAACAUCUCAAUCGAAAAUAAGUUAACUAAGAUCGUCACCGUCAGAAAAUGAAAUAUGAGCCCGGAAUUUCAUAGUAACCGCCUAGUUUUCGCAUUAGUUCAGCCAUACUGCAUCAUAUUUUUAAAUAUUUAGUACGAAUGUUUCAUGUAGAAAUGAUAGAUUCCUCUUGUUAUUUUAUUUAUGACCAGAAAUUUGGUAGACGACACAAUACACGGAUCCCACAUUCAUUAUUCAGUACCUCCCUAGUUACUGUUGCUACGUCUGACAAGCUAAAUAUGUUUUUGAUAUACAGCAUGGAACAGCACCGAUUGCUGAAAAUUUUGUCUGUGUCUAUUCGGCAGUGGAAUAACUCAAAARUGAGUGAACUUAUUUUGGUAAAGUCAUAAAUAUGCUCUGACGGACGAGCUACUCUAAAAUUUACUAGACAACUUGUAAGAGUUUAAAAAGUGUAAAGCUCUGCACAUAAGACCACAGUAUUUUUAAUCUGGUUUCUUAGACAAUAAAGCAGUGUGUAGCCAAUA